ACACAACGAAAACGGAUGUCUGCGGACUACGAUUAAAAACGAUUUUUCAAAAAAAAAAAAAAAAAUUUAAGUGAUUUUUUUUGGAAUAAAAACAAAUUAAUAAUACAUAUGUAACUAUAACAAGUUUAAAAAUAAUUUAGUAAUUAAAAUCAGUUAAAAAAAGCUCUUAGCCUACAUUGAUACUCACCUGUAAAUAAAAACGGAUAUUGGUGGUUUAACAAACGUGUUGCAAUUUUCUUCAAAAAAAAAAAGUUCUUUAAAAUCUAUAUUACUUAACUUUGCAAUAUUUAUAAUUAAGUGUUUAAACAAAUACAAAUACAAAUUGUGAUUACAACAUGCCUGCCAAAAACCAAAAACUCACCAACUGCAGUCGUACAUUACUGUUGUUUAUUGUAUGGCUCAGCUGUUUCUACCAAAAUGCCGAAGCUCAAGCUAAAAAUGAAACCCAAGUUUAUGUCACAGAAUCCUGUUUGGAGAAACCAUUUCGAUGUCCCCAUCCUAAAAUACAAUUUUUCCUAUACACUCGACGCACACAGGAUAAUCCCGAAUUUAUAGAUGUUCUUAACGAUAAUGCCCUAUACUAUACGCAUUUUAAUCCGCGACAUCCUACCAAAAUUAUAAUACAUGGCUUUGGUGGUGGUCGUAAUUUGAGUCCAAGUCCCGAUAUACGGCAAGCUUACUUUAGUAUAGGGGAAUAUAAUAUUAUUAUUGUGGAUUAUGGUUCAGCGGUAAAGGAACCCUGUCUCAGUCAAAUGGAUUGGGCACCACGUUUUGGUGGUCUUUGUAUAUCUCAGUUGGUGAAAUAUUUAGCCAGACAUCCGAGAGGGGUACAACCGGAUGAUUUACAUUUUAUCGGUUACAGUGUGGGUGCCCAUAUAGCGGGUCUGGUGGCUAACUAUCUAAAACCAGGCGAGGGUAAAAUGGGUAGAAUUACUGCUCUAGAUCCUACAAUAUUCUUUUAUGCGGGCGCCAAUAACUCAAGGGACUUGGAUUCAUCAGAUGCUCAUUUUGUGGAUGUUUUACAUACAGGUGCCGGUAUUUUAGGUCAAUGGCAUUCUAGUGGUCAUGCGGAUUUCUACGUAAAUGGUGGUACUCGUCAGCCCGCCUGUGUGGGGUCAGCUACUCUAUUUCAAACAUUGGCUUGUGAUCAUACAAAGGUUACACCCUACUUUAUUGAAUCGAUUACUACGAAAAAAGGUUUCUACGCCGGUCCUUGUCCAAACCUAUUUACCUAUCUGAUAGGUUGGUGUGAACCCAAGGACUCGGAAUAUGUGUUAAUGGGCGAACAUGUAUCACAUAAAGCCCGUGGCACUUAUUACGUCACCACCAAUGCCAAGCCACCAUUUGCUCGUGGUUUCCCCGGCAAAGGAAGAUCAGCUACCACGGGAGAAUAUCAGGGUGUACGAAGGAGACGUCAUCUGCCGGCAUUUAAUGAAAAUGAUGAAAA